AAUCAGGUUCACUAGCAGGCUCUUAAAAUUGUCGUUAAUUUCAUUGUUUUUUUUUUCCUGAAAUAAUAAAGAAGAAAAUAAAUGCAAAGUACGAUGUUGCGAGUUGUUUUACUGAUGAUUUGCUUCACAAAUGCAUUUUGUGAAAAUACUGUUGACAAUCCAUCGAUAAAAAAGAUUGGCGAAUAUCACUUCAAUGUUGAUGAUGAAUAUAAUUGGUAUGAUGCGAUGAAAUAUUGUUCUAACUAUGACAUGGAAUUGGUUAAAUUAGAUUCGGAAUCUGCUGAAAUCAACCUAAUUGAGGCUACGAAAAAAUUUGGAAUAUACGGAGAGAAACAUAAUUUUUGGAUUGGACGUACGAGCGAUCACAGUGAAAAUUGCUUAGAGUGGAUCAAUGAUUUGCAGAAAUCGAAUCAACAAGAAUGCCAUAAACGUCAAAAUGUCAUAUGUGCUGACCGUAAUUCUCAACGUUGUAUCCUCUGCAUUGGUAAAUGAAUAUAAAUAUAUGAAACGCUUUCCCAUCAAAAAUAUAAAAAGAAUAGAUGAACUUGAAAAACUAACUACUGUUUGGACCCACACUUUUGAGAUAUUUGAAGUACAGAUAACAUUUUCCUGUAAAAUAAAAUAAAUUCAAAUUUAUUUAGACAAAUUUUAA